AUGGCUGACCAGGACAACUCUGUCACUGUGAGUAACUGAGGAAGGGCUGCUUACGCAACCCUACAGUGUUGUUGUGUACCUUCUAUAUAUUAGAUAACUAGCUGCUAAGUGCUAACAAAAUGCUAAGUGCUGUUUGGUGUUCACUCCAAGAGGACUGUGUUUCAGCCUUAACUUUCCACAUUGGACAGAAGUUGAUCAAAACAACUUUUAGUAAACACAAACCCUCUUUAGUGUGUAUGGAAGAACAGUGUGUGAGUAAGUCUUUAUACGUUUUCAACAUGUGUAUGUGCAUGUCUGUGUGAGUAUGUGCAUAGUUCAAGGUCUUGUACAGGAGAAAGCAAAGGUCUAAUACAUGUAUAGAGUUUCCAGAGUGACAGUGUGAAGAAAGGUGUUGACAGACGGAGAGAAAGAGUUAAGUAGUGAGUUAAAGAGGUAGUUAAGGAGAGAGUUAAGGAGAGAGUUAAGGAGUAAGUUAAGGAGAGAGUUAAGGAGAAAGUUAAGGAGAGAGUUAAGGAGAGAGUUAAGGAGAAAGUUAAGGAGAGAGUUAAGAAGGUAGUUAAGGAGGCAGUUAAGGAGGCAGUUAAGGAGAGAGUUAAGGUGGGAGUUAAGGAGAGAGUUAAGAAGAUAGUUAAGAAGAGAGUUAAGGAGAGAGUUAAGGAGAGAGUUAGGGAGACGGUUAAGAAGGUAGUUAAGGAGCGAGAUAAGGAGGUAGUUAAGGAGGUAGUUAAGGAGAGAGUUAAGGAGAUAGUUAAGGAGUUAAGUAUAGGCAAUACUUUUAAGGAACAGGUAAGCUGUGGCUUAAUUGGUUAAAGCGCCUGUCUAGUAAACAGGAGAUCCUAAGUUAGAAAGGUAACCAAAAAGUUGCUGGUUCGAAAACCCGAGCUGACAAGGUGAAAAAUCUAUCGCUGUGCUGUUGAGCAAAGCACUUAACCCUGUAAAACAACACAUUUCACUGCACCUAUCUGGUGAAUGUGACAAUAAAACAUAUAAACACUCACCGGCCAGUUUAUUAGGUACACCACCCCAUUCACGAAAAUUGAUUGCUCCUACAGACAGACAGUGAGUCACAUGGCCGUGGCUUGCUAUAUAAAGCAGACUUGUCGGCGAAAACAGCUCGUUGAUGAGAGCGGUCAAAGGAGAAUGGCAAGAAUCGUGCAAGAUCACAGGCAGGCCACAAAUAGACAAAUAAAGGCGCAGUACAACAAUGGUGUGCAGAACGGCAUCUCGGAACGCACAACUCGUCGAUCCUUGUCACGGAUGGGCUAUUGCAGCAGACGACCACAUCGGGUUCCACUACUAUCAGCUAAAAACAAGAAGAACCGGCUCCAGUGGGCACACGAUCACCAACACUGGACAAUUGAGGAGUGGAAAAACAUUGCCUGGAACAUGACAUCGAGUUCAGUUUACUUGAGUGGCCUACGCAGUCCCCAGACCUCAACCCAAUAGAGCAUCUUUGGGAUGAGAUGGAAUGGGCUGUUCGCAGCAUGAAUGUACCGCCGUCCAAUCUGCAUCAACUGCGUGAUGUCAUCACGUCAGCAUGGAGCAACAUGUCUGUGGAACGUUUCCGAUACCUUGUAGAAUGCCACCAAUAAUUCAGGCUGUUCUGGAGGCAAAGGGGGGUCUGACCCAGUACUUGAUGAAUCUCUCGUGGCUGAGAGAUAAGUGGUGAGUGUUGUGUGUGCUCAGGCUGUGUGGAGUUAGCGUGCUGCUAGCUAGCGGCUCAGCUAUCAAGGUCUAUCGGUCUGUUACAGGGAAAUGCUCUGAAAGAUUUUCUGCUGCAGGCAGCUGGAAAUAGCUUUCCCUUUCGUUCUUUUUCCUCUUCUCUUUAUCAAUCAUGCCAUCUCUUUCCCUCCCUCUCACUCUUUUUUUAAGCAGUCCUUUUCUUUGCGCAGUGCUGCACCAUUUGCACUAGUGCUCUGUUGAUGGGUGAUGGUUUGUAUCAUAAGUUGCCAUGCCCACAGCUUGGGCAUGUGGGUCUUCAUUCUCUCUGUUACCACUGCCUGAAAAGAGGGCCAGUGUUCCACUCAUAGCUGAAUGGGGGCCAACAUCAAUGUCACUGUGACUGUGUGUGUUGUGUAACUUGUGUUGAACACAUUUUUGAGUCACUAUGUGUGUGGUCGCAUUUGCUUGGGUUGGUAUGGGUGUGUCUGUCUGUUUUUGUUUCUGAGCAUAGCCUAUGUGUAAAUGUGUGUGUGUGUGUGUUUGUAAUUCUGAAAAUUAGUAAUGAGUGCUCCUGAGGAGUGUGAGAAUAAUUGAUAGAGAUAGAUAAUGUAGAUAGAUAGAAUGAGAGAGACUAAUGGUGGGGCAAGGAUGGUUUGCCGCAGCAGACUCUCUCUCCCCCUCUCUCUCUCCCCCUCUCUCUCUCUCCCUCCCUCUCUCUCUCUCCCUCCCCCUUCUCUUUCUCUCUCUCCAUCUCCCUUCCUCUCCCUCCCUCUCUCUCCCCAUGUCCCUCUCUCUCUCUUCCUCUCUCCCCAUGUCCCUCUCUCGCUCUCUCCCUCUCCCUCGUGCCGCAUGAGUGGUCCUGUUUCAGCACCCCUGCCUGAGAGAGGCAUGAAGCCCCCAAACACAAACAAAACAGAGACAAAAACAAAGCCACACCAUGUGCUAGACCAUUAGCCAGAGCAUUCACUAAACACACACGCCACCCCAGACCGCCAGCCAGACCGCCAGCCAGACCACCAGCCAGACCCCUGGGCAGCAGAGCAGAGCAGACACACACCAGAAGCCACCAGCCUUAUGUUGGGAAUAGGGUGCCAUUUGGGAUGCAGAUGAUUUAGGGAGUCAGAGGCGACGGGGAUGGAGCCUGGGACAGAGGCUCUGUCUGUCUUUAUAUGGACGCCAAUCACCUGCACCCUCUCCUCUAGGGUCCCCACCCUGCCAGGCCUGGCUCUGAUUGGCCAAUGGGAGGGGGCUGGGCCAUAUGUCCUAUCCUGUUCAAUAACAGUGAGGAGGAAGAAGAGGAAAACACCAAUGGAAAGCGUUGAUAGUCUCGUCCUGUCCGUGUAUCUUUGACAUUGUGUGGUUUUGAUUUGAAUGAUGUUUCUGACAAUAAUAGAAAUCUCUCUCCAUCCCCCUCUCUGUCUUCCCUUUUUACGCCUAUCUGUCCCUCUACCACUCUAUGUGCCUCUGUUCACCCCCCACCCCCCUCUAUCCCUGCCUUUCUUUCUUUCAGGCUGAUGCUGUCAGUAGUUUUCUCCGGGCGGCUCGUUCUGGUAACAUGGACAAGGCCAUUGAUCACAUAAAGAAUGGCAUAGACAUCAACACAGCCAAUCAGGUGAGAGAGCUGCAAAGCCCAGUAGCCAAUCAAAAUGCUUUUAGAGAGUGCAUCAGUGCAUGUCCCUAAACUCUGAGAUGCAUUUUGGAUUUACCAGGAGGACCAAUCAAAGCUUUCCUGUUUGUCAAAGUUUCAUAAUCAGUUAAUGGAGCUGAUUUAUUACAGUCUUUAAUUUAAUUUGUCCAUUUACAUUGGCUGUGGAAAUAGUAUUUCACAGUGUUGCAUCAUCAUACUGCAGAGCUAGAAUAAUGCAUGAAUACACGUAAGAAAAUAAGUUAACUACUGUAAAGGUACAGCAGAUCAAAUAAAGAUAUUUCAUACUGCGCAAGCACAAAACAACAGCACACACACACACAAACACGGGAAGAGUCAUAUCAGCAAGGUUCAGAUGGGAAAGAGAAAAUAUGGAAGAGUGAGAAAUGGCAAGAGAGAGAGGAAAGAAUAGUCACUGGCUAACACUAGUCUAGUCAGUGUAGGGUAUCCCACAAACACAUGUUUCAGAAGCAAUCUAAGAAACCCUUAUGUAGAUAAAAUGCUGAGUGUUACUGUGAGAUGGCUGUAAUGAUCCCCUCUCUAUUGGAAUGAGGUGAUUGAGUGCAUCCCAAAUGGCACAAUAUUCCCUAAAUAAUGCACUACUUUUGACCAGGGCCCAUAGCACUACAUAGGGAAUAGGGUGCCAUUUGAGACACAUUCAUCGUCUCUCUCUCUGUCUCUCAGUGAGAGCUUUGGCUUGGAAUGUGUUUGAUGUGAUAUCAGCAAGCAGAAUGUCUGUCUUGGCUCUGGGUCUAACUCAGUGUACAGUGUGUUCUGUUCUGCUCCAAUACCUACUGUGUGGAUUGUCCCUGACUGCAUGUACGGUAUAUCAUUGUUUGUGUUGAAUGUGUUAUUUGUGUUGAAUGGAAAUUACUGAAUGUGUUUAUUUUUGUGUGUUAGAUUUCAGUGUGUGCAAUAUGUGUGUGUGUGUGUGUUUGUGUGUGUGUGUGAGAGAGUGUUUGGAGGCCCGAGUAGCCAGUCUCCCAGCAGCAGUUGACAGGUAGGGCUGAGGGGGACUGAUGGGGAGGUGUUAAAUGGGGCAGGAAUUACUCUUCUGGCCCUUCUCCUCCAUCCUGCCUGCUUUACUCUGACGGCUGCUCCCAUGGUGGCCAGAAACGGCCACGCCGCGAGGGGAAUGGGGCUGCCCACACGCCAUAAAAAAAAGGCAGAGUUUGUGUGUGUGUGUUUGCAAUUAACACUCUACCUCUCUACUCUUAUACUGCCUGCGCUAAUGCUACAAUCAAGAUUAGCAUCAAGCACAUUCCCAGCUUUAAAGCUCAUGAACAUAGGAUUCAAUACAUACAGUGAAUGUAGUCAAUACAAUCAGUGAAUGUAUUUAUGUGUACUAUAUUAUGUUUGUAUAAUUAUUUGUAAUUGUAUGAUUAAGUAGAAGUAGAAAGACCUCAGGCUGCUAGAGAGACACCCUGUGGACAAACAGGAACACUACAGACAUACCAGAACAGUUUAUCUGCGGUCUCAGGGUGCCAUCGACAGCCAGACUCAUGCCAUUCUUCUUCAAAUCAUGUAUGAAUUAAUGCAAUGUGUGUCAUUUCAAACCAAGUCCGUAUUAGUGUUUUUGAAUUGUGUCAAGUGUGUUGAGUGUGGUUGUGGAAUUGGACGUGAUAUUGGUUGUGUGUGAGUAGUGAGUGUCACCCAGUGUAUUGUUGUUGUAUUUGUUAGUGCGGUGUCAGCCUGAUGGAGGUUCGGUGGAGGCUGUGGCAGUCGUGUCUCUCGUACCCAGUCUGAGUAGAUACCUUUGCCAUGGGCUAGCUCACCGGCCACCCAGCCGCACUGCCUCUCUCCCUCCCCUCCCUCCAUUCCUUCCCCUCAACCCUCCUCUCCUCACACCCUCUUAACCCCUUAAGUUAUUUCUCUCUUACUCUCUCUUCUUCUUUUGCGUCAUUCCUUCUUCCUUUUACCUGUUCUUCUUUCUCAUCUAUGCUCCCCUCCCCCUCUCCCGAUCUGCAGUAGAGUGAUGGUGUGCUGUGGUCUCUCCACUCAGAGGAAUAAUAUCAGUGGUGUGGGAAAGGUCCAACCUCACAUGUCCUGUGUGGCUGAAGGAAGGCUGUGUGAGGUCAGACCUAUCCCACACGGCUCGUAUUCUUCCCAGCCCCGAGACCACCGGCCUGCCAUCCCCCUCCCGUCCUCUUCCUCCUCCUCCUCACCAUCAUCAUCAUCAUCUUCAUCAUCAUCAUUCCGGUCACCAUUAUUGCUAAAUAAGCACUGUUAAUAUCUGGUAGAUGCUGUAUGUGUUGAGGCUGUUUGUCCUGACCAUAAGGUACAGUUGGGCUCAGUAACAUGCUUUCGCAUUUUCUACAUCUAGCAAGUGCUGUAUAAUAAGCAGAGCAGUGCUGGUCUGAGGAUCUGAUCCUUUGGUGUGUGUCAGUAUGCAGUGUGUUUAGUGUGUUCAGUGUGUUAGGGACCCUACAGUGUGAGGUCUCCUCUUCUCUCUCUCCUCCCUCAGAAUGGGCUCAACGGGUUGCAUCUGGCCUCUAAAGAAGGCCACGUUAAAAUGGUGCUGGAGCUACUACAUGGAGGCAUCGAUGUGGAAACCCAGACUAAGGUACUCACACAACCUCAUGCACUAUGCCACAUUACCACACCCAUGUACUCCUUAAGGCUAUGACCCCACCAAAGUACAAUAUAUUGAAUAAUCAAAUUAUUCUACAUAUUAAAGCUUACUACUACUUACUUACUGCUUUCACACAGACACUACUAUAUGUCUCAUGUCUUCUCUUGUCCUGUGCCUCCACAGAAAGGCAACACAGCUCUGCACAUCGCUGCCCUGGCUGGGCAGGAGCAAGUGGUGGCAGAGCUGGUAAAUUACGGGGCCAACAUCAAUGCCCAGUCCCAGGUGAGACCCCAGCCAGUGUCGGAAGAGACCCCGACACCCCUGGCAGAGCCCCCUGCAGAGGAGCCACUCGCCACAACGGAUAACCAUACAGUUAGAAACAGUUAUAAUACAGUUAUGCUGCAUUAUACUGCAUGGAACUCAGGGUUUGGGGUCUGAAUUUCUGAAUGUAUUUCAAUUCAAAUCAUGAAUUGAAAUUUGAAUUUGAAUUAAAGAAAGUAGAGAUUAAUUCAAAGAAAUUCAACUGAGACAUGAAACAUGAAAGUCUCAUUCCGUUGCCACAUCUGCCACUUAUUACUAAAACAAAUAUAGAUACCAUUUCAAACAUAAGCUUGAAAAAAACUCAAACAGUAUUUUGAUUUGUAUUUUUGUCAUGAAAUGUUAGGUUCCCUUCCAUUCUGGAGUGUUUGAUCUAAUGGGAAAUGUAUUUUUUCAAAUAUUUCAUAACAUGUAAGUGAAUUAUGAAUUAUUACAGACAAACUACAAAAUGAUCUUAGAAUACUUCCAGACCACUGUAUUGAUAUAAAACUCGUUUUAAGAGGAAUUUUAAAAAUGAAAUGUUUCAAUGUUAUACAUAGUAUUACCAUACAUGCUGUCAAAAUAAAUAUUUGUAUAGUGAAUGGUAAAAUAUAUUAGCAAUUAGCAUUUCAUUUAAUUAAAUUGUACUUCCUUUAGUUCAAAUUCAAUUACAUUUCUGCUGCCUGUGGUAGGUGGCCAAUUAAAUUCAAUUAAAAUUAGAUAAUUGAAUUGGAAAUAUAGCUGUGAGCAGCAUCACGAGCAGCAUUAACAGGGUCUGAGCAAUAGAAAUAGUACCUAUUGGUCACCCAUUGGGCACUCUGGCAAUGAAAUGGGCAAAGGCCAUACCUUUAAGCACGUUUACCAAUUGCAUGUUUUCCAAGUUGCAAGAUUCUACCUCUAAUAUGAGAUGAGUUAUGUCUAAUACAUGCUACCAUGCUACUGCCAUAGAGUACUGUCCCUUCCAACUUCAUGUUUACCAAAUUCCUACGGUUCAAUGGUAAUAGCCUUCAGUGCACCGUAGUGCCCUCCACUGGCGUAUAAUGGCCAUAUUGGAAUGCAGCGACUUUUCCUUCACAAUUUAGUUAGGGACUUGUUCAUAGAUUGUACAUACCAAAUAUUGAGUGAUUCUGAGUUGUGGUUCAUGAGAAUAAUAAGCAAUUUAGCAUUAGCAUUACGCUAGCACUUUUUGGUCAAAGUUUGAUGACCUGUGGUUUCCAUGUUUUUUUAGGUAUCAACACUAAACUUGGAACAAAUCUUCAGGGACAUGUUGUCAAUCAUCUGUACGAGUUGGAUUUGAUAGUUUGGGCUAAUGUUUUGAAUGUGUUUUGAAUGUGUGCAUGAUUUUUAAUGAACUGUAGCGCCACCUAGGGGCCAAUGAGUGCUAAUGUUGGCACCAUAGGUACGCAUUAUGGGUUCUACCAUCCUGCCAAAUUCUACAAUGUUUGGUUGAGAUAUUGACCAAAAGGAACAACUAUGGGGUCAAUUUCAUGCCUUAAGUAUUGAAUUCAAAAUGAAAUAAAUGUUAAACAUAAAGUUGAAAAUGUAGAUAGAAAACAGAAAAUCAAAAUAUGUAGAAUUGUAAACAACAUUUACAUUACAUUUUCGUCAUUUAGCAGACGCUCUUAUCCAGAGCGACUUACAAAUUGGUGCAUUCACCUUAUGAUAGCCAGUGGGACAACCACUUUUUUUUUUUUGGGGGGGGGUAAAAGUAUUACUUUAUCCUAUCCCAGGUAUUCCUUAAAGAGGUGGGGUUUCAAGUGUCUCCGGAAGGUGGUGAGUGACUCCGCUGUCCUGGCGUUGUGAGGGAGCUUGUUCCAUCAUUGGGGUGCCAGAGCAGCGAACAGUUUUGACUGGGCUGAGCGGGAAUUGUGCUUCCGCAGAGGUAGGGGGGCCAGCAGGCCAGAGGUGGAAGAACGCAAUGCCCUCGUUUGGGUGUAGGGAUUGAUCAGAGCCUGAAGGUACGUAGGUGCCGUUCCCCUCACAGCUCCGUAGGCAAGCACCAUGCGAGAUUCAACUGGAAGCCAGUGGAGUGUGCGGAGGAGCGGGGUGACGUGACAGAACUUGGGAAGGUUGAACACCAGACGGGCUGCGGCGUUCUGGAUGAGUUGUAGGGGUUUAAUGGCACAAAAAUAAUGAUAUCAAAAGUAACAAAAUAAAAUGCAAACAAAUACUUUUAAAGCGAGAGCAAAACUCUCCAUUUAGAAGCAAUAAAUUAUUUGAAAACCAAUGCAAAAAUACUUUUCAGUUAAAGCCCCUUUUACAUCAGAAACCCAGCCUACGAUGCCAGGACAGCGGAGUCACUGACCACCUUCCGGAGACACUUGAAACCCUACCUCUUUAAGGAAUACCUGGAAUAGUAUAAAAGUAAUCAUUCUUCCCCCCAUAAAAAAAUUAAAAAGUGGUUGUCCCACUGGCUAUCAUAAGUUGAAUGCACCAAUUUGUAAGUCGCGUCUACUAAAGAGCGUCUGCUAAAUUACGUAAAUGUAAAUGUAAAACCUCAAUCAGCAAGCAAUGCAGAUGUGAAAGUGGCUAGGUAAAACUCCCUAGAAAGGCAGGAACCUAGGAAGAAACCUAGAGAGGAACCAGGCUCGGAGAGGUGGCCAGUCCUCUUCUGGUUGUGCCGGGUGGAGAUUAUAAGAGUACAUGGCCAUUAAGGCCAGAUUGUUCUUCAAGAUGUUAAAACAUUUAUACAGUGGGGAAAAAAAGUAUUUAGUCAGCCACCAAUUGUGCAAGUUCUCCCACUUAAAAAGAUGAGAGAGGCCUGUAAUUUUCAUUAUACGUACACAUCAACUAUGACAGACAAAUUGAGGAAAAAACAUCCAGAAUAUCACAUUGUAGGAUUUUUAAUGAAUUUAUUUGCAAAUUAUGGUGGAAAAUAAGUAUUUGGUCACCGACAAACAAGCAAGAUUUCUGGCUCUCACAGACCUGUAACUUCUUAUUUAAGAGGCUCCUCUGUCCUCCACUCGUUACCUGUAUUAAUGGCACCUGUUUGAACUUGUUAUCAGUAUAAAAGACACCUGUCCACAACCUCAAACAGUCACACUCCAAACUCCACUAUGGCCAAGACCAAAGAGCUGUCAAAGGACACCAGAAACAAAAUUGUAGACCUGCACCAGGCUGGGAAGACUGAAUCUGCAAUAGGUAAGCAGCUUGGUUUGAAGAAAUCAACUGUGGGAGCAAUUAUUAGGAAAUGGAAGACAUACAAGACCACUGAUAAUCUCCCACGAUCUGGGGCUCCACGCAAGAUCUCACCCCGUGGGGUCAAAAUGAUCACAAGAACGGUGAGCAAAAAUCCUGAACCACACAGGGGGACCUAGUGAAUGACCUGCAGAGAGCUGGGACCAAAGUAACAAAGCCUACCAUUAGUAACACACUACGCCGCCAGGGACUAAAAUCCUGCAGUGCCAGACGUGUCCCCCUGCUUAAGCCAGUACAUGUCCAGGCCUGUCUGAAGUUUGCUAGAGUGCAUUUGGAUGAUCCAGAAGAGGAUUGGGAGAAUGUCAUAUGAAACCAAAAUAUUACUUUUUGGUAAAAACUCAACUCGUCGUGUUUGGAGGACAAAGAAUGCUGAGUUGCAUCCAAAGAACACCAUACCUACUGUGAAGCAUUGGGGUGGAAACAUCAUGCUUUGGGGCUGUUUUUCUGCAAAUGGACCAGGACGACUGAUCCGUGUAAAGGAAAGAAUGAAUGGGACCAUGUAUCGUGAGAUUUUGAGUGAAAACCUCCUUCCAUCAGCAAGGGCAUUGAAGAUGAAACGUGGCUGGGUCUUUCAGCAUGACAAUGAUCCCAAACACACCGCCCGGGCAACGAAGGAGUGGCUUCGUAAGAAGCAUUUCAAGGUCCUGGAGUGGCCUAGCCAGUCUCCAGAUCUCAACCCCAUAGAAAAUCUUUGGAGGGAGUUGAAAGUCCGUGUUGCCCAGCGACAGCCCCAAAACAUCACUGCUCUAGAGGAGAUCUGCAUAGAGGAAUGGGCCAAAAUACCAGCAACAGUGUGUGAAAACCUUGUGAAGACUUACAGAAAACGUUUGACCUGUGUCAUUGCCAACAAAGGGUAUAUAACAAAGUAUUGAGAAACUUUUGUUAUUGACCAAAUACUUAUUUUCCACCAUAAUUUGCAAAUAAAUUCAUAAAAAAUCCUACAAUGUGAUUUUCUGCAAAAAAAAUUCUCAUUUUGUCUGUCAUAGUUGACGUGUACCUAUGAUGAAAAUUACAGGCCUCUCUCAUCUUUUUAAGUGGGAGAACUUGCACAAUUGGUGGCUGACUAAAUACUUAUAUACUUAUAUACACACAAAAAAAUUAUGCACGCAUGACUGUAAGUCGCUUUGGAUAAAAGCGUCUGCUAAAUGGCAUAUUAUUAUUAUUAUUUAUUUUCCCCACUGUAGAUGACCAGCAGGGUCAAAUAACAAUCACAGUGGUUGUAGAGGGUGCAACAGGUCAGCACCUCAGGAGUAAAUGUCAGUUGGCUUUUCAUAGCCGAACAUUUAGAGGUCGAGACAGCAGGUGAGGGAGAGAGAGAGAGAGAGAGAGAGAGAGAGAGAGAGAGAGAGAGAGAGAGAGAGAGAGAGAGAGAGAGGGGAGAAUUAGAGGGUUGGUUGCAAUAAUUUGAAAAUCAUUUGUUCUUGCUUUUAAAUUAAGAGUUUUGCUCUCGCUUUAAAACUGUUUGCUUGCAAGUUUUUUUUCUUCUUUUGAUAUCAAUAUUUUUUGUUAAAUUCUAUAAAUUUUGCUUUCGAGUUUUUGUUUAUUUAACUUAUUAUUUUUAAAUUGUCAACUUUAUUUGUAAUUUUUACAAUUUAUUUUAUUUUGAAUUCAAUACUUAAAGUGUGAAAUUGACCCCAUAAAAAACGCAGAAAGAACUAGAAGAACACAGAAAAAACUAUAUAUUUCUUGCGCCUUAGGUGCUAGGACGCCUAAUUAAGGAGCAAUUUGCAAUUCAAUUCAGAAUUGACCCCAACCCUGAUUGAGUAAGAAUAAAGGAAGUUGUUGGGAGCAUUUAUAGAGUGUGCAACUUUCUUUAUUUUUACACAGUUUCAGUUUACUAUUCCGUUAGUCAGCACCUCUACUAACAUUUUUGGGUGUGCAUAAGCUCCUGCAUUUGGCCCAACCCCUGAAUGAAACAUGAUGUUAGGCCAUCAUACACUCUUACAAAAAAAGGGUAUAUCUACAGCCUAAAAGGGUUCUUCUGCUGUCCUCAUUGGAGAACCAUUUGAAGAACCCUUUUUGGUUCCAGGUAGAAACCAAAAGAGUUCUACCUGGAACCAAAAAGGGUUCUAAGUGGAAGCAAAAAGGGUUCUCCCAUGGGGACAGCCGAAGAACCCUUUCGGAACCUUUUUUUCUAAGUGUGUAUUAGCUCAAUGCAAAUCUAUGUUAAUAUCUGUCUGCCUUCUUGUCUUUUUGUGUGCCUGUGCUUCCUUCCUCUGUGUGUGUGUGUGUGUGUGUGUGUGUGUGUGUGUGCAUGUGUGUGUGUGUGGUGCUGCUGUGUUGUGCCCCUCCCUGUGUGUGUGUGUCCAUGUAUGUGUCUGUCUGUAACAGAAGGGUUUCACUCCGCUCUACAUGGCCGCACAAGAGAAUCAUCUAGAAGUUGUGAAGUUCCUUUUGGAGAACGGGGCCAAUCAAAGCCUUCCCACUGAGGUAACAGCCAAUCAGCAGAGCAUAGGGUUGGAAGAUUCCCGGAAUCAGGAAGGAAUAAGCAGGAAAUUAUUCCAUCUCUAACUUUACACUACACCUCCUGCACUAUUCCCUCCAUCACUUAUCAAUCAUUUGGACUCUCACUGGCCUUCCCUUCUCCAUCUGUUUCUUUAGGUCACUUAACCUUUCUUGACCUCUGUCCCCUCUCCUCUCUCCUCUGUCAGGAUGGUUUCACCCCUCUCGCCGUGGCUCUUCAGCAGGGACAUGAGAACGUCGUUGCCCUGCUCAUCAAUUAUGGCACCAAGGGAAAAGUCCGUCUCCCCGCGCUGCACAUAGCGGCACGUAACGAUGACACGCGCACAGCUGCCGUGCUUCUACAGAAUGACCCUAACGCAGACGUCCUGAGCAAGGUAGGUACUCACUGUGUGUUUGUGUGUUAGUCUUCACUUUUGUGAGAAACUUUAGUUUAGUGUGUGCCACAGUGAGUGAAGAUGAUACUUGUAGAAUUAGAGGCCAUCAGUAUUAGAGCUGUAUAGAAUAAGGUAUGGUCUCCUGUGUGUCCCUAUAGACAGGCUUCACACCGCUCCAUAUCGCUGCACACUACGAGAACCUGAACGUAGCCCAACUGUUGCUCAACAGAGGAGCCAAUGUCAAUUUCACCCCUAAGGUAUGUCUGUUCCCCUCUGCUCUAGUAUCACUGACACAUAGUAUUGUUACCAGUCCCUCACUGGUCUCUUUCUGGUCUUACUGUCGAUCCCCUACUUAAUGUGUGUGUCUGUAUUUCUCUCUAGAAUGGCAUCACACCUUUGCACAUCGCAUCCAGGCGGGGGAACGUGAUCAUGGUACGACUCCUGCUGGACCGAGGGGCACAGAUUGAUGCCAAGACCAAGGUAAUGUACUGCAUCCCCUCCCUGUGUCUCUCUCUAGUCUCUACCUCAUCUGGUCAGGCCCUUUCCUGUUACACAUACAGUGCUAUAUUUUCCCAGACCAGGUGUUGACUCUCUCGCUCUCACUCUCACACUCUCUCUCUCCCUCCCUCCCAGGAUGAGUUGACUCCACUGCACUGUGCAGCCAGGAACGGACACGUGAGGAUCAUUGAGAUCCUACUGGACCAAGGGGCUCCCAUCCAGGCCAAGACCAAGGUACACCUAAUGCUAACCCACCAAGGCCUGAUCUCUGGACUGUUGUUCUCAAAUACUGUAUGCACACAACACAAUAAGUAAUAGAUUGCCUCUCUCUCUCUCUCUCUCUCUCUCUCUCUCUCUCUCUCUCUCUCUCUCUCUCUCUCUCUCUCUCUCCUCUCUCGCUCUCUCUCUCUCUCUCUCUCUCUCUCUCUCUCUCUCUCUCUCUCUCUCUCUCUCUCUCUCUCUCUCUCUCUCUCUCUCUCCUCUCUCUCUCUCUCUCUCUCUCCUCCUACAGAACGGCCUGUCUCCCAUCCACAUGUCAGCACAGGGGGAUCACAUGGACUGUGUGAGACAACUCCUGCAAUACAAUGCUGAGAUUGAUGACAUCACACUGGACCACCUGACCCCCCUGCAUGUGGCAGCCCACUGUGGGCACCACCGCAUGGCCAAAGUGCUGCUGGACAAGGGAGCCAAACCCAACUCCCGUGCACUGGUCAGUACUGCACUCAUACAUACCUACCACACAUACCUACCACACAACUUGUUGAAGUGUGUGCCUUAGUGACCAUGCUGUUGUAUUGUGUUCUCAGAAUGGUUUCACUCCGCUUCACAUCGCCUGUAAGAAGAACCACAUGCGUGUGAUGGACCACCUGCUGAAACACUCAGCUUCCCUAGAGGCUGUUACAGAGGUGAGAGAGAUAGGGGUGAGAGAAUGAGAUGAAAUGUAAGCUAGGGGAAAAAAAGAGAGGGAUUCUGCCAAGGAGAGAGGGAUGGAUCUUUUUGUCUGUGUAUGAUUCUUUCAUUGCCUGUUUUUUCUCUCCCCAGUCUGGCCUGACUCCUCUACACGUGGCCUCGUUCAUGGGCCACCGCAAAAUAGUCACCCAUCUGGUACAGAAGGGGGCUUCUCCCAGUGCUUCCAAUGUGGUGAGUACCCGAAUGUUACCCAUCCACCCACCUCAUUACUGACUGAACCAGCUCCUCUGUCUGAUUUACAUUGCUCACACACGUGUUUGUCUGAUUGUGUGUGAGCAGAAAGUGGAGACUCCUCUCCACAUGGCAUGUAGAGCUGGACACUAUGAGGUGGCAGAGUUCUUAUUGACCAAUGCAGCACCAGUAGACGCCAAGGCCAAGGUAAUGACUUCACACACCUUUACACACACAUAUAUCUAGCUAGUUCCCCACUUGACUCCCAUGUAUAUUUAUCUCUCCUCUUCCCUCCCUCUCUCCUCUCCUCCGCCCUGUCCAGGAUGACCAGACACCGCUCCACUGUGCGUGUCGGAUGGGCCACAAGGAGCUGGUCACGCUGUUGCUGGAGCACAAGGCCAACCCCAACUCCACCACCACAGCCGGACACACACCCCUCCAUAUCGCUGCCCGCGAGGGACACGCUCAGACCACACGCAUCCUACUGGACAUGGAGGCCCAGCAGACCAAGAUGACCAAGGUACAGUCUGUUGUCCAAUGCCCACACACUCUACUUACACACUCCUCUAUCAACUGUCUAACACUAACACACUCCAAAUAUUUUCUCUAUGUGGGACUGUGUGGUCUGUUGUGGUCUCUCCCUGAUGUCUCUCUAUCUCUGUCUGGGAUGUCUCUGCAGAAAGGCUUCACUCCUCUCCAUGUGGCCUCUAAAUAUGGCAAAGUGGACGUGGCAGAGCUGCUGCUGGAGAGAGGGGCCAACCCUAAUGCUUCUGGCAAAGUAAGGGUUGGAGAACACAGGGAGGAGGGAAGAACAUGGGUGUGGGGAGGGAAGGGAAGGGUCAAGGUAUUUGAGAUGGAAAGAUGUUAAAGUAAAGUGAUGGCGGUUUAAAUGUGUGUGUCUCCUUUACCUUUAGAAUGGACUGACUUCUCUCCAUGUGGCCGUCCAUCACAACAACCUGGACGUGGUUAACCUGCUGGUCAGCAAGGGAGGCUCCCCACACAGCGCAGCUAGGGUGAGAGACUACACACACACACAUCCUCACACACACAUAUAUCAUCUUACAAUGCACUCAUAACCAUUAACUCUCUGGUCCUCGUGUUUCAGAAUGGCUACACCCCUCUCCAUAUAGCGUCGAAGCAGAACCAGGUGGAGGUUGCCAACAGCCUGCUGCAGUACGGCGCCUCGGCCAACGCUGAAUCCCUCCAGGGGGUCACGCCCCUUCACCUGGCAGCUCAGGAGGGCCGGCCUGACAUGGUAGCCCUGCUCAUCUCCAAACAGGCCAACGUCAACCUGGGGAACAAGGUGAGUCCUCAGGGACUGAUGCAGGGAAGUAGUUAGGAUUAUUUGGGUGAAAGCUGUUAGUUCUGCUGCACCCUCAGCGGGUCGGGAGCAGAACUAACAGGGGAAAAGGAAGAGAGCCUGUGACACAACUUUUGCUUUUGGAUGUGCGCCUCACUGUUUACAGUCCCCGGUGAAACAUAUAGCGGAUGUCUAUAGAUAGUGCCUGUCUUUCUUUGAGAUGAAGUUCUUGCCACAAAGUCGACAGACACCACGUACCAAUUUUGUUGUUGUCAACUUUGUCGGAGAUUCCAUUAUCACUAGAUAACGCUGGCUAAUAUCUGGCUAGCAGCUAUGUAUCUAUGGUAUGUACUAGUUUGCUCUCUGAAGUUGUUUCCAUCCAGAAUAUGAACAAGGCAACACUCCAUCUUAACUCCUCCUUAGAACCUCCCCUGACAGUUUUUUAUUUUCUUGUCAUGAUUGUGGGGCAUCCCGCUCAGGCGUUUCUCUUACGCCUGCGACGUUAGUUUAGUUCUGCUGUAACAAUAUGCCUAACCUUAGCCCCUGGCUCCUCUCCCCUCAGAGUGGACUGACUCCUCUCCACCUGGUGGCACAGGAAGGCCACGUGGGCAUCGCUGACAUCCUGGUGAAGCAGGGGGCAUCAGUGUAUGCUGCCACAAGGGUAAGACCACACUCCUGUUGACCUCUGGGACAAGGCACGGGACACAACAGUCUCUCUGAUCAAUAGCAUCCAGCAACACAUACUGUACCACCUCGGGACUCUGUAAACACUUUUUAUUUUUAAAGCAUCUCAGUAGAUAAUAGGAUAUUGCAGCAGAUAAUUGCAUUCCACCCAACAUGAACACUCCUUCUUUUUGCCCAGUUGUAGAGAGUUGGUAUAAGGUACACACCCCUGCCUCAUCAUGACAUACACACUGUUACAGUUCAUUGUUAUCUGAAGCUAAUCUUAACCUCAGUGAAUCUUAAUGCAAGGUCAGUGUGGUAUGGAGCCUAACAGUAACAGUGCUACAUAGUGAACGAUGGGGGCUCCAUGGCAGAUAGAGUGUCUCAGACGUGACCUUUCCUCUCCUUAGUAUAAAUAGCCACUGACUGGUUCUCCUGGCUCAGGGUUACAUUACCAACAUCAUUAAAUGACCUACCUACCCUCAGGCCAGCUAGGCCCUCCAUUACCCUGAAACUCAGUAUAUCAACCGUAGAGCAUAUAUGGUAAAGGAGACACAUACUAUAGAUAUUGUGUAGUGUGUAUGUGUUGAAUUUGUAAUCAUGUAACUCAGUGUUUAGUUAACUGUCUACUAGUAAGUGUGUGCUGGUUGUAUUGGAUACUGAUGGGGUCUUAAUCUCUCUUUCAGAUGGGAUACACCCCUCUCCAUGUUGCCUGUCACUAUGGCAAUGUAAAGAUGGUGAAGUUCCUCCUGCAGCAGCAGGCCAACGUCAACAGCAAGACUAAGGUGAGCACCUCCCUCUGGACACACAUGGAACUACACUUACCCCAAAUUAUACUGCAAUUUUAACAGUGAAGCACAGAAAAUAUGAACUGGCCUUGUGAUGUGAUUAUUUUCAUUGUGUCUGGUCAGUAUGUUAAUGUUUGUGUCUCUGUCCCCCAGGUUGGUUACACUGCCCUGCACCAGGCAGCCCAACAGGGCCACACAGACAUAGUCACCUUACUGCUCAAACAUGGAGCCCCGCCCAACGAGGUCACCACUGUAAGUACCACUGCUUUUCACUCCCUUUCGCUCCUCCACUCAUCCCUCCAUCCCUCCACCUCACUCUCUCUCUCUCUCUGUUAGAACGGUACGUCAGCCCUGUCCAUCGCCAAGCGGUUGGGGUACAUCUCCGUAAUCGACGUUCUCAAACUGGUCACCGAGGAGACGGUUUCCAUUGUAAGGAGUAAACAAGUACCGACUCUUCAAAUAUUUAUAUUACACUCCUUCUGACUCGAUGCAGACAAUCCUUCCACAGUCUUUGUCUCAUCUUGAACCUGUCUCUCUUCUCUCUCUUCUGCCAUUCUCUCCCUCAGACCACCACAGAGAAACAUCGUAUGAGUUUCCCAGAAACAGUAGAUGAGAUAUUGGACGUAUCAGAGGAUGAA